UGAUCAUCAAAGUACUCACGGUGAUGGUGUUAAAGACGUUGCGUUUACUGUUGAUGAUGCACGCAGUCUGUGGAAUAGUGCCAUACAAAGAGGUGGAAAAUCAAUUAGAGAACCAUGGGAGGAACGAGAUGAAAAUGGUGUUGUCGUAAUGGCUACAGUUGGCACUUAUGGUGAUACCGUCCAUACUUUUGUUGAAAGGACAAAUUACCAUGGUGUUUUCUUACCAAAUUUUAAACCAACAACUCUCGAGGAUCCAUUAGAAGUAACGUUGAAACCUACGCACUUACUAUACUUGGAUCAUGUUGUUGGCAAUCAACCUGAUUUAGAGAUGGUGAAAAUUUGUGAAAUGUAUGAAAAAGUUUUCAAUUUUCAUCGCUUCUGGUCAGUUGAUGAUAAACAAAUCCAUACCGAAUAUUCUUCUUUGCGCUCAAUAGUAAUGGCUGAUUAUGAUGAAAAAAUCAAAAUGCCGGUAAAUGAACCGGCAAUAGGUCGUAAAAAGUCGCAAAUUCAAGAAUUUGUUGAAUAUUAUGGUAUGUAUUUUGGUUUGGAAAUUAAA